CGAGGGCUCCUGAAGGCAUCCCUUUCCCCGCAUCACCGUGCUUAUGGUUUCAGUUCGCCGUCUGUCCGUUUGUCUGUGCGCAGGUGCGCGACGAAGACUCGCCGUUUCCCGUCAAAUACCGAAAACUCCAGAUGGGACAGCCGAGCGUCCGGUGGCUGGCGUUUUCCCUGGGAUAAUACGCGGGGGUUUGGGCACUUUCUGGGAGAGGGACAGAUAAAGGAGCGAGUUGCGGCGUUAACGCGCUAGCCCCACACACACACACACACACACACAGAGCAGGACAGGUGCACCGCGACAGGCUUCCAGAACUCAGACGUUAGCCUCGCCGACACGGAGACGUUCAGCGCCCUGGAAACCAGCUGGACAGCUUUGCUUGGAAGCCAGGCUGCCUAGAAGCCCCGCGUUACAGAGCCUGAGGAGCGACAUGGCUUCGGCCCAGUCAGAGCAGUUCCGCGCCCUGCAGGAGGAGCUCACCUGCCCCGUUUGCCUGGACGUGUACCGGGAUCCCCACUUGCUCCCCUGCGGUCACAACUUCUGCAAGGCCUGCCUGAAUCGGCUGAAACGGCAGGCGGACCGAGGCCGGGUCCGUUGUCCGGAGUGCCGGGAGAGCCACCGGAGCGGCACCAACUUCCAGAAGAACUUCAAACUGGCCAACAUCGCCGACGGCUAUCGCCGCAGGCGGCGAGCCGUGGCCACGGCUCUGGGCUCCCAGGAAUCACUUUCGUCCUCGACCGUGACGGGGGUCAAGACCGUCUUUGCUGUCCAGUGCGACUACUGCCCCGCCGCCUCCGCCGCUGCCUCUGCUUGUGCCGCCGAGGCCUCAGGAUUCAGCUCUUAUGGCGACGCGUCCUCCGCUGCUGCUGCUCCUCCUCAGGAAGGCAAGGACAAGCAGGAAGCCGCUUCGUCAGCGUUGGCGAUCAAGACGUGCCUGAAGUGCGAGGUGUCGAUGUGCCAGGAGCACCUGAAGCCACACCUGGAGCUGCCGGCGUUCCGCGAGCAUCCUCUCACAGACCCAGUGCAGGACUUCUGGAAGAGGAAGUGCCUGGAUCACGAUGAGAUAUACAGAUACUACUGCAUGGAUGACAAGAUGUGUGUUUGCAACGCCUGCACCAUAGAGGGAGGACACUCGGGACACACAAUCAAGAGCCUGAAAUCCUUCAUGGUGUUUUUCAAGAGCUCACUGGACAAACAGCUACACCGGUUAGAGAGGAAGAACAGCAUGGCGGAGCACAAGCUGCAGGAGCAGAAGGACAAGGAGAGACAAAACAAGAAGUUCAUGGAUGACGCUGAGCAGUGUUUGACUCUUCUGGAAGAUGAGAUGAAGACCAGAGUGCAUCGCUUCAUCGUCACACUGCGAGAAUUCACACGCACUCAGUGCGAAACCAACGGCUCGGCCAUUCAGAAGAACAUCUCUAGGAUCUGCCAGGACCAAGCCCGCCUCCAUGAAGUGCGCUGCGGCAUUGAGAGCCUCAUGCAGGAAAACGACCCUUUUCACUUUGUUGAGGCAUACAAGACCACGGGAAAACAGUGCCGUAGGCAGUUAAGGAAAAAUAUGUUCUACCCAGAGUAUAUUGAGAUGGAGACUGAGAUCCUCGGCAUAAGGAUGGAGGAAGAAAUGACCAAAUUUCUUGACGAGCUACCAUGUCACAUUGUGACUGCAAUUAAUUCCCUCUGUAGUCUUACUGAUCCUGAGGAGGAGGAGGAAUACGAGGACAACGAGGAAGAGACUGCAGAGGAGGAAGAUGACGACGACGAUGAACUCUAUGACAGCAGCGAGGAGGAAAUGAGGAGCGACGAAGAAGAGGAAGAUCUGCAUGAUGUCGACGAUCAGGACAAUCUGAGCCCACUGGACGAAGGGGAGGAGGACGACGAAGGCGAGGAGGACGACGACGAAGAAGACGAUGAGGAUGUAGAGGAGGAAGAGGAGGAGGAAGAUGAGGAAGAGAGAGGGGUUUGACUGAAGCGAUUAGCUGGCUAGGUUUUGAGUGCAACAGAUCGAUGUUUGAACAUCUGUCUGAAUGUGUCCGGCUGAUUUACCUCCAGAGCCUCUGGACUCCACUAAGCUGGGAUUCUGCUCCACUUGAAUCUAACUGCACUGAGAGCCUAACGCUAAACUGUGACGCCAUUGCUAAACUCGAUCUAAGUGCUUUACAUUAGAGAUUUGCUGUGUAGAAAGCUGGGUUCCCCUCAAAAUAUGAAUGUAAGACAGAACGUGGCCGUUACAAACCCUCUGCAUGGCUGCAAUGCUCCAUUUUCUAUCACUUUGAUACAUAUUUGACUAAAGCCAAGAUAUUUUGCUGAAACAGCUUGAUCUUAGUCCUAGAGAAAGGCCCGUUCUAGACAUGCCUGAUUUAAAAAAAAAAAAAAAGAGUAUUUAGUCAUUUGCAGAAAAACCAUUUGUUUACUUUCAGUUGUCUUUGCCAGCACGUUUGACUUUGAUCAAGCUGUACUUGUGGUGCUGUUUAAUGCAUUGCAAGCUGGUGUGUGUGUGUUUGAGAGAGUAUGUGAGAGAGUGAUGCAGUUUGAUAACCGCUUCCAUAGUGUGCAGCAUAAGGAAAGCUUUAAAAGCAGUGCUUGCAUUGUAUAAAAAAAAACUGACAAUUGUUUCUAUGCACACUUCAUGCAUAAAUCUUAAAAGAGCAGUUUCAGGUGAUAUCAGAUUUUUUGCACUUUACUACAAAGAUGCUAUGUUCAGCCUGGAAUAUUUUUAUGUUAAAAGAUGAUUUUUCUUCUAAUGUGACUGUAAGGGGCCAAAAUAAUAUAAGACCUACGUAUUGUUAAUAAAGUCUGUUGAAUUUAAUAUUUACA